UUUCUAUCUCUACCCAGUGCAUUUCCAUCUCAAACCACUCAUUCUUUUUAAAGACCCCCUUGCCUUUAAUAAGAGGCACCACUGUACUCUGUCCUCUCUCUACAUUCCCUCUGGGCUCCAUCUCUCUCCCUAUCUCUAUCUCUCUAAAAGCUUGGUAAUUAUUGUGUCUUCUUCAAAACCCAUUAUUUAGAUUAGGUCACCAAACCAAUACCCAUCUGGGUUUUUCUCUGUAUAAUUACUUGGAGAGUUGGUAAUGGCUUUUGUUGACUAUAUAGAGGAUGAUAUUCUCUCAAAUAAGGGAUCGAGAAAUAACGAGUCCAUUUCAAACGAGUUUGGUUCUUCUUCUUGGUCUGGUUGGAGCUCGCCGAUUGAGUCUGAGCUCGGCUCGACCGAGACGGAGACAGAGAGUGAGGAGGAGGACGGUUUUAUCGCUGAGUUGACUCGGCAGAUGGCCGAUUACAUGCUUGAUGAUGAUGAUGAUGAUGAUGAAGUGGCACCCAGUUCCUUGCCUAAGACUACUAAGAACCCUAAUGUUGGGUUUGAAGCUAAUCAAGCUUCUUCUUAUGACCAAACACCAGCUAUUCAUUUGUAUAAGUUUGAGAAGCAACCGUCCAUUAAUGACAAAGGGUAUGAAUGUGGGGGAAGCCGAGUGAAGAGGAACGAGUUAACUCAGCAACUUCACGACAAAAAGCGGCACCACAUCCCCAUCAUGCAAAAGAGCGUAGCAAGAGCUGAUGACGUAAGUGCCGGCAGAAUUGGGCCAUCAUCAGCCACCACGUGGCGGCCAAGUCGGCAGCAGCCGAUUGGUUCCGACUCGGGUUCGGGUAUGAGAGCCGUUUUCCUUGGUGGGCCCCGUUUGCAAAACGGGUCUUCCGGGACCGGUGUUUUCUUGCCACGUGGAACCAGCGACCCACCUGAGUCCCGCAAAAAAUCAGGAUGUUCGACAGUUCUUAUUCCUGCAAGGGUAAUGCAGGCCCUACAACUCCACUUUGAAGAUAUGAAUGCUCGAUCAAAAUCCAACGGUUGUGGUGGUUUCACAAGUUACCCUCUUCAACACGACAUUGUAAUGGCACCAAGUAACAGUGACGUUCAUUUGCAACCGAAGCAGCAGUCGCAGCCCCGAACCGGUGGUCCAGCAGUGAACCAUCACGAGACGGUUCUCCCUAAAGAAUGGACAUAUUGAUUUUUAUAUAUCAAGGAUAUGUUUGGCUGUUCUGCUUCUCAAGUCCUAUACAAUUAGAAUCUUCAAUUGCAUCAAUUGCAGCAAAGAAGAAAAAAAACCAAGAGGAAGAUAAAUAGAGAACAGAAUUAUUAGUUGUCUUGUCUAAUAAUGGAAUCUUUGCAAAAAAGUAGGUGAGAACAAAUAAUUGAUGCAGAAAGAUAUGUAUGCUAUUUUAAUUUAUUAUUUUUCUUGAAAUGUGGUUCGAAGGGGAUGUAUAUUUAAUUCUCUGUUGCAAUUUAGCUGUCAAGCAGUCGUGGGUUGCUUUGUUGUAUUAUAAAGAAAAAAAAAUCAAAACAGCUCAUUUAUCUCAA